UUUCAGCAUUUCCUCCCAGUCUCGAGCUGGCGGUCGUGGCCGAAAGACACUUUUCUCCUAAUGCUGUUCUUCCGGCAAAACGCUGAAAGUCGGUCACACGCUAUCCUUAAGGACUCUCGCUGAAAAGCCCUGAGCGUGAAAAUCGGUCGUAAAUGCGCCUGGGAAAGUGAGUGAAUCAGGUGUGAAAAUUGACCUAGAAAAGUGGACUUCCAACGUGAACUCUACCCACUUUUUGUGGCUUUAAGAGAGGGAGCCGUAAUUCGUGGGAAAAUCAAUUCGGGGUGUGUGGAAAUUGAGCAAAUAUUCGCCAGGGGUGCAAUUUUCGUGGACUUGCAGUGUGUGCGCGCCGAAAGGAGACUCUGGAGGACACAAACACACGAAACUGGAGUGUUGAAGGCUUGUUUAGGCAUCCGAAAAGGGGGAUUAAGUGCAUUAAUGAUAUCACGACGGGUUGAUUAAAGAGACUCACAUGGUUAAACUGAGGCCAUAAAAGUUGUACAAAUUCUCACGUACGUUCUUCGCGUGCCAAAGAAAACUGUCGAAAGUGUUGAAUAAUCCACACCGAGAGUUCACUCGCGGGUUAAGAGAUUAGCACAGGAGUCAGUCAGUAUGAGGCGGAGAAAAAAAUAAGGGAGAUUCGCUGGGAUCGACAGUGACAAAGUGUCUGUGAAGUACCUGGAAAAAAAUAGGAAAUAUGUUCAAACUGUGACUGUCUCGAGGUGUGCGUUGUACAUUUCCAUUAAUAUUCCGCUCAAUAAUUCAAUAAAUCAAUUAAUUAACCAAGAAGCGUAAGAGCGCGUGUCCUUUUUUUGGACGACAAGGAGUCACUGAAUUUCCUUCGGCACCGUCUCGAAUGUCACGGCGAAAGACGUGCUCGUCUGGUCAGUUGUCGUCCUGCUAUGUUCAGGAACACAUCCGGACAGGACAGCACGAAAAUUCCCGCCAUUCACGCGCAAGACUCCACGAGGGGACUCUUCAGGAAGUUCACUCUCAAAGUCAUCGAGUGGAUACGGAAGUCAGUGGAGCUGGGCAGAAAUGAGAGUGACAAUGGAGAUCCCAAUGAGGUGCAGUUGGACGAGGAAAUGGAGAAAGUGUUCGCCGGCUCGGAUCGCGAAAAGGAGAAGUUCAAUGUCCUGCAAUUGGCCGGAUCAGCAGAUGAAAAGCCCCAGCCGUCGCCAGUAUCAGGAAAAUUUAUCGAUACUGACAGUGAUCAGCACCGCAACGAAACAACAUAUCCCCACACACAUUCCCCACUCAAGUCCCGAAGCAUGAAGCGCCAAGACUCCAAGGACACAAAUUCCCAGGACGAGGAUAAGAGGACACCCACUGUGAUCCCGUACAAUCGCGCCCUCCCACUGUCCUCGCCCACCCGCAGCCUGGGCGCCGGCAGUGGCGAGUCCGACUCCACGCCGCAGGUCUCGGAGCGAGCCGCGGCGGUGAAGAGGGAUCACGACACUGAGGACGACGAGGAGAAGCGCAUCAAGGUGAAGUUUGAGGGCAGCCAGGCGGACACGGACGAGGCGGAGGACACGAAGGAUGAGCACGGCCGGCGCAGGAAGUCGCGCCAUCAGCACUACAAGCAGCGCAAGCACUCGCUGUCCGACAAGCAGACCGGCGGAGCGCCCGAGUCCGGCGGCCGGCGGGUGUCUGUGCAGCCCGAAGAUGCGACCCUAGACCGAGGAAAACGUGGCAAGGAAGCCGAUAUUGAUGAAUUGACGUCGCAUCGGUCGGACGAUCCGAGAGGAAUGCGUCGCCACAAGGUCCAGCCGAGCGGCAGGAAGGACUCCACGACGGUUCCCAUGGGGAAACCGCCCACCGGAAAGAAGGCCAUCGACCACAGUCCGCACGAUGUGUUUGUGCAACUGGACGAGCUGGUGGGUCAAGGUGAGGAGGCUGAGUGGAAGGAGACCGCCAGGUGGAUCAAGUACGAGGAGGACGUGGAGGAAGGAUCAGACCGCUGGGGUCGUCCGCACGUGGCCUCGCUGUCCUUCCACUCGCUCCUCAAUCUCAGACGAUGCCUGGAGACCGGUGUGGUGCUCAUGGACCUGGAGGAGAAGGAUCUGCCCGGUGUGGCGUACAGAGUUGUGGAGCAGAUGGUAAUUGAGGACCUAAUCCAACCAGACGACAAAUCCACCGUCUUGAGGGCUUUGCUUCUUCGUCAUCGACACGUGAAUGAGGGCCAUUCUGGCUUUCACUUUGGCUCACGGCGCAAAUUCAGCAGCUACACGAGUUUGCAGUCGUUGUGGAUUCAGGAUGAGCUGGACUCGAUCGGUGUUAAGAAUGGCGGUCCUCGGCGGCUCUCACGACCAACUGCCACAACAACCGACAGCUCAAUAUCCAGGCGCCACUCAACUCUAUCCCAACUUCUAUUCAACUUGAGUGACGACAAAAAGCCAAAGAUUGUUCCGGCAAGUGAUAUCAAUGGUUUCGGUGGGAAUGAGACGAAAAUCGAUAUCAAGGAGGAGGUUUACUCGUCAUCUCAGGAGGAUUUGGUGAGGAAGACGCAGAAUGACACAAUUCUGAAGCGGAUUCCUCAAGGAGCCGAAGCCACGACGGUUCUGGUCGGUGCUGUUGACUUCCUGGAUCAGCCGACAAUUGCCUUCGUCAGGCUUGCCGAGGGCAUCACAAUGCCAAGCAUCACUGAAGUCCCAAUUCCAGUGCGAUUCCUCUUCAUCUUGCUGGGCCCCAAAGACAUUGAGCUGGAUUACCAUGAAAUUGGUCGCUCAAUCGCCACGCUGAUGUCCAACACACACUUUCACGGGAUCGCCUACAAGGCAGACGACAGGAAGGAUCUCCUGUCUGCCAUCAAUGAAUUCCUGGACGACUCCAUCGUGCUGCCGCCUGGGAAUUGGGAGCGUCAGGAGCUGUUGCCCAUUGAGGAGCUGAAGGCCAAGAGCGAACGCAUCCGCAACAGGAAGGUUAAGGCGUUGGAGAAGAAUAAGGACAAGCAGAUCAUUGCCGACGAGGAGAAGCGAUUACUGGCAGCUGCUGAGGGCGAUGGUGGCAAGAAGCCAACAGGACCACUCGAGAGGACCGGGAAAUUCUGGGGCGGCGUGAUCAAUGACAUUAAGCGUCGCUAUCCAAUGUACAAGAGCGACAUCACGGAUGGCCUUAACACUGAGACUCUGGCAGCCAGUCUCUUCAUGUACUUCGCUGCGCUCUCCACUGCCAUCACCUUCGGCGGCCUGGCGUCUGACAAGACACACAAUCUUAUCGGCAUUUCCGAGACGCUGAUUUCUCAGUCUAUCGUGGGGAUCUUCUUCCAUGCCCUCUGCGGACAGCCACUGGUCAUCAUUGGCACCACUGGACCGCUGCUGCUCUUCGACGAGGCGCUCUAUGAGUUCUGCAAAGCCAACGGCUUCGAGUUCCUCACAAUGAGAGUGUGGGUGGGAAUCUGGCAGAUCGUGAUUGCGUUGGUGGUGUCCGCCUUCGAGGGCAGUGGGCUCGUGCGCUUGUUCACCAGAUUCACUCAGGAGAUCUUCUCCGCUCUGAUCACACUGAUCUACCUCGUGGAGACGGCCAUGAAGCUGGUGAAGGUGUACAAGAGACAUCCUCUCCACGCUGAGUACAACUUCAAGAACAUCACUCCACCAGUCGCUCCAAUCAUUCCUGCUGCUAAUCUCGUUGCCGGCAAUGACACUGACAAUGCAACGGAAGUCACGACAAUCCUUGGCGCACUGUCGGAUGAAGUGUCCAGCAUCCUGACCACCAUUCAGGAGAAUGUGACCAGCACCAUUGCCACCACUUUGGCCACGCCAGAGACUCAAGUUUCCGCCGCGGCUGCCAACGACAGUGGUCUUCUUGCGCCCUUCGACGAUCAGGGCCCACUCAAUCAGCCCAACACCGCCCUCUUCUGCACCAUCCUCACCCUGGGCACCUUCACUCUUGCCUACUAUCUCCGGAUCUUCCGCAACUCGCACUUCCUGGGACGCACCGCGCGUCGCGCUCUCGGCGACUUCGGCGUUCCCGUGUCCAUUGCCAUCUUCGUGGCGAUCGACUUCAUGAUCCCGCAAGUCUUCACGGACAAGUUGUCAGUGCCCGAGGGCAUUUCGCCCAGCGAUCCCGACAGCAGGGGUUGGAUCAUCCCCUGGGGACCUGUGCCCAUGUGGGUGCCCUUCGCCGCCGUGGUGCCCGCCAUGCUGGUGUACAUCCUCAUCUUCAUGGAGACGCACAUCUCCGAGCUGAUUGUGGACAAACCCGAGCGUGGCCUGAAGAAGGGCUCAGGACUGCACAUGGACAUUGUCCUGCUGUCCAUCGCAAACACCAUCUGCAGCUUCUUCGGCAUGCCCUGGCACUGCGCCGCCACUGUUCGCUCCGUCACUCACGUGUCCUCCGUCACCAUCAUGUCCAGGACUCACGCUCCUGGCGACAAACCCCACAUCGUGGACGUGAAGGAACAACGACUCUCCGGCCUCUUCGUCUCCGUCAUGGUUGGCCUCUCUGUGGCCAUGGCGCCCAUCCUGCGACUCAUUCCCAUGAGCGUCCUCUUCGGCGUGUUCCUCUACAUGGGCAUCGUGUCGAUGUUCGGCGUGCACUUCUUCGAGAGACUCAAGCUCUUCCUCAUGCCCGUCAAGUACCACCCACCAGAGCCAUUCGUGAGGCGCGUUCCCACGUGGAAAAUGCACAUUUUCACCUUCACUCAGGCCGCCGCCCUGGCAAUUCUCUGGGGUGUGAAGUCCUCCUCAUUCUCCCUCGCCUUUCCCUUCUUCCUCAUCAUGAUGGUGCCGUUGCGUCACAAGCUCGGCACGUACUUUACGGCAUCUGAAUUGAAUGCGUUGGACGGAAAUAAGCCCGAUGUGGAUCCAGACAAUGAACCUGAUUUCUACGAACAAGCAGGAAUGCCAUCCUAAGCAGAAAUGCAAGCACACCUCGUAUGGAGACAGUUUGAUUUAUAAAAGUGAUUGCAAAAGUUAGUUAGAGAAAGGUUUUAAGAGCGUCCACGGACGCAUAGGGAAUGAGACAGAGUAUAUUUUGCUAGAAGAAAUGCUUAAAGAUGAGAAAUAUUUAUUCUGUGAAGAGAAAAUAAUGUAUUUUACUAAGGUAUUUUGAGAAAAGUACCAUAUGAGAUGGCUAAAGAAGAAAAACCCACACUUUUAAUGAAAAAAAGGACCUUCUUUGUUAAUCUGUUUAUAGUUAAACCGUAUGGUGCUCAAGAAAUAGUAAUCAUUUCCCCAGAGAUAUGAAAGUAUAUUUAAAUGAGAGUAUGGAAAAACAUAGUUUGUAGAAGAAAAAUCAAAUAUUAGACACACUGUUCUUCGACAGAAAUCAAAAGAAUUCUUAGAAAAAUUCUUGUAAAUGUUCAUUUCUUCGGCCAAAAGAGAUGAUAUUUUUCCGAUUUUCCUCUUAAAAGUAUUUUUAGACAAAGUAUUGUAAUCAAAAAGAGUCAAUUUUUGCCAGAUUUGAUUCUUCACUUAGUGAAUAACA